AUGUCAGCCAUUCUCGAUUCGGCGACAGCUUCGCUGCCUCCGGGACCAGAACAGGAUCCCUUCACUCCCGCACAACUCGCCAUUCUCUGUGCCAUCGCAGACACCGUCGUGCCACCUCUCAUCGCCCGAUCCAGCGGUUUCAAGGGGAACAAGCUCCUGCAACAUCCUCUCCGCGAUGAGGUCUACGACGGCGCCGCGAGACGCAUCCAACAUCUCGCCCGCCUUGAUUCCUCCAACCAAGACCUGGCCACAUCGUACCUCCAGGAGAGUGCCACCGCCGAGCCGGAGUUCAAGGAUAGCCUCCAGCGACUAGUCGCCUUCUAUAUGAGCGAUGCCUCAAAAAAGGGCCUAUUAUUCAUUCUUUCAGCUUUGAGGUAAGCUGUUUCCACUUUAAAUGAAUGUUUGACUGUUCAGAAAGCCGCAUCUGGGACCACGUCCGUCUUCCGAUAGAUUCCCGAGCUUGCUUGUUCCACGAUCAACAGCAGCUGACCAGCUCCAGCACUCGAGCCGGCUCACUCCUGUUGACAGGAUACGCGACUCCACUGGACGGCCUCCCUAUCCAAGACCGUGAGCAGGUGCUGCUGGGCUGGGCUCGGUCUCGCCUUCCGCUUCUUCGAGGCUUAUCGAAAUCACUCGCGGCACUCGUACGAAUCUUAUGGUUAAGAACUUCGCCCACCGUAGGACGAAUACUUGGUUACCCACGGCUCCCGACGAAUGCGGUGAAUCCCGGCCCGGGAUAUCCAUUCCGGUUUGUACAGAUUCCGCCGGCGCCAGCCGCUGAGCCAGAAGUCAUCGAGACAGAUGUAGUGAUUGUAGGAAGCGGCUGCGGUGCCGCCGUAGUAGCGAAGACAAUAGCAGAGUCGGGCCUGAGAGUCCUCGUGGUGGAGAAGCAGUAUUACUGGCCACCGGAGUACCUGCCCAUGUCCGAGAAUGCGGCCGGCACUCAUCUGUUUGGCAAUGGCGGCGGGCACAUGUCCGAGGACGCGUCCAUCAUGGUGUUGCCGGGAUCAACUUGGGGAGGCGGCGGAACAGUCAACUGGAGUGCGUCGCUGCAGCCUCAGGGGCUCCUGCGCAGAGAAUGGGCUGAGAAAUUCGGGCUUACUCACUUUAUGGGAUCGGAUUUUCAAGCUGACCUAGAUGCUGUUUGGGACCGAAUGGGGGUGAGCUAUACUUCAGUUGAGCACAACAAGGGCAACCAGGUUCUCAUGGAGGGAGCGAGAAAGAUGGGAUGGAGCGCGAAGCCAGUUCCACAAAAUACGGGAGGCGAAGUGCACAGUGAUGGAUACUGUACACGAGGAUGUCGAGACUGUGGAAAGAAGGGACCUACCGUCACAUGGCUGCCCGACGCAGCAGAAGCUGGUGCGAACUUCAUCGAAGGCUUCGACGUGAAGGAGAUCCUCUUUGGCGAGUCUGGACUUCUCGAGGACAAGCCCGCGAUAGGGGUGAAAGGCACCUGGACAUCCAGAGAUAGCUCCGGCGGCGUCUCUGGACCCGACCGAACGGUUCGCGAAGUCAUUGUCAAAGCGCGCAAAACCGUUGUUGCCGGAGGUUCUCUGUACUCCCCGAUCUUGCUGCAACGCUCCGGUCUUAAGAACAAGCACAUCGGCCGACACCUCCACCUUCACCCCGUCUCUAUGCUCGCUGCAGUCUGGGACGAAGACGUCAGACCCUGGGAAGGCCCCAUCCUCACGUCCGUCGUCAACGAAUUCGAAAACAUGGACGGAGAAGGCUACGGCGUCAAACUGGAAGCCACGACCAUGAUUGCCGGUUCCUUCCUCCCCGUCUUCCAAUGGCAAGGAGGUCUCCACUGGAAAGAAUUCACGUCCAAAAUGCGCCGCAUGACGGGCUACAUCUCCCUUGCGCGUGAUCGGUACGGUGGCCAAGUCUCUCCCGACUCCGACGGGAAAUGUCUCAUCCACUAUACCCCCAGCAAGUACGAUAAAAACCACAUCUUGGAAGGCGUCGUCCGUCUCGCGGAGAUCAUGUACGUCGAAGGCGCGAGGGAAAUCCACACCGCCAUCGCGGGUCUGGAACCUUUCAUCCGCCCAUCCGAAGAACCCAACAUCACCAUCCACAACAACCCCUCACCUUCCGUCACGGACUCCCUCUUCCAAGCGUGGAUUCAGAAAAUCCGCACGACGGGUUUCCCGGACCCGGGCUCUGUUUUUGCGUCGGCACAUCAGAUGGGUUCGUGUCGGAUGGGCACUUCGUCGAAGAAUUCCGCGGUGGAUUUCAAGGGCCGUGUGUGGGGUACCAAGGGGCUCUACGUGGCGGAUACGAGUGUCUUCCCCAGUGCGAGCGGGGUGAAUCCCAUGAUUACUUGUAUGGGUGUUGCGAGGAAUAUUGCGAGGGGUAUUGUGGAUGAGGAAGGAGCGAGUGGUGCUGGGGCCGUGCGGGCGAGGCUGUAA